UUGGUAGAGGCAGCAAGCGGUUCUUGCACGCUGCAAGCCAUAUUAACACGCUCUGUCCACGCUCCUGCUAUUUUCCUUGCUGGCUGAGAAGAGGAAGAGGGCGUUCUGGUUUUACACCUAGUCCUUCAGUUUUUUUAUUUUUUAUUUUUUAGGGGAAGGCAACGCAGAGCGGAAUAUUAGGGUCUUGUUCGUGGACUUGAGAAGCGAUGUCGGAGUUUCUGGUGAAUCUACUCGGAGAGCGGCUCGUCAACAGCGAGAAAGCCGAAGUAGAUGUGCAGGCGCUGGGCAGCAAGCUGUCCUUGGUCGGGCUGUACUUCGGCUGCAGCCUAAAUGGCCCCUGCAAACAGUUCAACGUCAGUCUGUGUGAGUUUUACAGCAAGUUCAAAAAAUCAUCAGAACACAAAGACAAACUGGAAAUCGUCUUCAUCUCAUCCGAUCAGGACCAGAAACAUUGGCAGGACUUCUUACAAGAGAUGCAAUGGCCGGCGUUGCCUUUUAAAGACAAGCACAGAAAGAUGAAGCUGUGGAACAAGUACAAGGUCACCAGCAUCCCGUCUCUGGUGUUUGUGGACGCAGCCACAGGGAAGGUGGUGUGUCGGAACGGGCUGCUGGUGGUACGGGAUGACCCCAAAGGCCUGGAGUUCCCCUGGGGGCCCAAACCCUUUGCGGAGGUGGUGGCCGGGCCCCUGCUCAGGAGCAGCGGGCAGACAGUAGACAGCAGCUCCCUGGAGGGAUCCUACGUGGGGGUGUACUUUUCGGCUCACUGGUGUCCCCCUUGCCGCAGCUUGACGCGGGUGCUGGUGGAGUCGUACAGAGCAGUGAAGGAGUCAGGCCACAAGUUCGAGAUUGUGUUCGUCAGCGCCGACAGGUCAGAAGAGUCCUUUAAGCAGUAUUUCAGCGAGAUGCCCUGGGUCGCUGUUCCUUACUCCGAUGAGGGCCGGCGAUCGCGACUCAACAGGCUGUAUGGAAUCCAAGGUAUCCCCACCCUCAUCCUGCUGGACGCGGAGGGUCACAUGAUCACACGGCAGGGCCGGGUGGAGGUGCUGAACGACCCGGAGUGCCGGCUGUUCCCAUGGCACCCACGGCCCGUGCUGGAGCUGAGCGAAUCCAACGCCGUGCAGCUCAACGAGGGGCCCUGCCUGGUGCUGUUUGUGGAUGCAGAGGAAGAGGGAGAGCUGGAGGCGGCCAAGGGACUGAUCCAGCCCAUAGCGGAGAAGCUCAUGGCCAAGCACAAGGCCAAGGAAGAGGAGACGCCUCUGCUGUUCUUCGUAGCCGGAGAGGAUGACAUGAGCGACUCGCUGCGCGAUUACACCAACCUGCCAGAGGCGGCGCCACUGCUCACCGUCCUGGACAUGUCGGCCCGGGCCAAGUACGUGCGCGACGUGGAGGAGAUCACGCCCGCCGUGGUGGAGCAGUUCGUGAGCGACUUCCUGGCGGAAAAGCUCAAACCUGAACCCAUCUAGGCAGACGUAGGAAAAGACACAGAGGUUUCAUUUGGACUGCAAGUCACCUCCCCCUUUUCCCCCACAUUCACUUCUUUUUCAUACUUCUGUCACCCUUGUGUCUCACACUCACCCCCCCCCCCCACCCCCAACCCCUAUCCCCACACUGUUAAAGCAAAAGCUCACUUUUUACAGACAUUUCAGCUUUUUUAUUCGCAUGGGUACUUCAGUGCUGAGGUCCAUUUUCUAUUGCGCGUUGUGCCUAAUCUAAGACCUUGUUUUCCCCGAACAUCUUUUGCUGCCUUUUUCUUCCUGUUUUUUGAAUGGAUGAAUUACAGGACACAAACCACACAACACACACCCCAAAGGACUUGGA